UAUUUUAAUAAGGUAAACAUUGAGCAGAAAGACCGACAAAUUGAGUUCAAUUUUCUUGAUGCAAAUACACAACAUUAGGAAUGUCUGAUAUUACUGGAGUUAUCCAACAACAAAAGAAAAAGAAACCUUGGUUGGGACAAGCAGCUCCACCAGGAUAUGUGCCUGGGUUAGGGAGAGGAGCUACAGGCUUUACUACACGAUCAGAUAUCGGUCCCGCUCGUGACGUAAGUGAUCCAACAGAUGAUAGACACGCUCCACCUGGAUUAAGGACGGUUGGAGAUCAACUUAAAGCUUCCAGGAAGACAGAAGAUGAAGAAGAGGACUUGAAUGAUGCUAAUUAUGAUGAGUUCACGGGUUACGCUGGGAACCUUUUUUCCUCCGGACCUUACGAGAAAGAUGACGAGGAAGCGGAUGCUGUUUAUGAGAGCGUGGAUCGGAAGAUGGAUGAACGGAGGAAGCAAUAUCGGGAGAGGAGGGAGAGGGAGGAGCUGGAGAGGUUCAGGGAAGAGAGACCGAAGAUUCAACAAAUGUUUUCCGAUUUAAAGAGGAAGUUGAGUGUGAUAUCCGAAGAUGAUUGGUCAAACAUACCUGCGGUCGGUGAUGCACGAAACAAGCGACAACGUAACCCCCAACUAGAGAAGAUAACCCCCGUGCCUGAUUCAUUGUUCACUAGAGGUUUGGCACAAAGUGCUACAGUCAAUACACUGGAUGCAAGACAACAGCAAUACGGUGGCAUCAACACUCCAUUUCCAUCUGGCUUAAACACUCCCUUCCCUGGCACAGCUACCCCAGGUUGGUCAACUCCUGCUGGUGAACUUGACAUGAGAAAGAUUGGCCAAGCUAGAAACACACUUAUGGACAUGAGGUUGAGCCAGGUAUCUGACUCAGUAAGCGGCCAAACAGUAGUUGACCCCAAGGGUUACCUCACGGAUCUUCACUCCAUGUUACCCCAAUAUGGUGGGGAUGUUGCCGAUAUUAAGAAGGCGAGGUUAUUGUUGAAAUCGGUUCGUGAAACCAACCCUAAGCACCCCCCUGCGUGGAUUGCUUCGGCUAGACUGGAGGAAGUAACAGGGAAGUUACAAGUUGCGAGGAAUAUUAUCAUGAAAGGGACGGAGAUGUGUCCUAAGAGUGAAGACGUUUGGUUGGAAGCAGCGAGGCUACAACCCAGUGAUGUUUCAAAAGCUGUGUGUGCUAGCGCCAUCGUGCAGUUGCCGUUAUCAGUGAAGAUAUGGAUACGAGCUGCAUCGCUCGAAACUGAUGAUAAAGCUAAGAAGAGAGUUUAUAGAAAAGCGCUUGAAAAUGUUCCAAACUCGGUUCGUUUAUGGAAAGUAGCCGUGGAGUUGGAAGAUACAGAUGACGCUCGUAUAAUGUUAUCGAGGGCAGUUGAAUGUUGUCCACAUAGUACUGAAUUGUGGUUGGCUCUUGCUAAGCUUGAAUCAUAUCAGAAUGCUAGAAAGGUAUUAAACAAAGCACGUGAACACAUUCCCACCGACCGACACAUUUGGAUAACAGCAGCCAAACUAGAGGAGGCGCACGACAACCAUAAGAUGGUGAACAAAAUUAUUGAAAGAUCAAUAACUUCACUCAAAGCUAAUAUGGUGGAUAUUAACAGAGAACAGUGGAUAAAAGAUGCAGAAGACACAGAAAAGUCGGGAAGUAUCGUGACUUGUCAAAGUAUAGUGAGGAAUGUAAUUGGUAUAGGAGUGGAGGAGGAAGAUAGGAAACAUACAUGGAUGAAUGAUGCUGAAAGUUCAAUCUCACAUGGUGCAUAUGAGUGUGCGCGUGCUAUGUAUGCUCAUGCUCUUAACUUACUUCCAAGCAAAAAGAGCAUCUGGCUACGAGCUGCAUACUUAGAGAAGAACCACGGCACUCGUGACUCGCUUGAAACUUUGCUACAGAAAGCUGUGGCUCAUUGUCCUAAAGCUGAAGUCCUCUGGUUGAUGGGAGCCAAGUCUAAAUGGAUGGCUAAUGAUAUCUCAGCUGCCAGAUCCAUUCUUGCCCUUGCUUUCCAAGCCAACCCGAACUCUGAAGACAUCUGGCUUGCUGCUGUUAAGUUGGAAUCGGAGAAUAAUGAACACGAUCGAGCGAGGAAACUUCUUGCGAAAGCUCGUGCUAAUGCUUGUACUGCACGUGUUAUGAUGAAGUCAAUCAAACUUGAAUGGUGUUUGAACCUACUUGAUGAUGCCCGAUCAUUACUUGAUGAAGCCACGAAUAAAUAUCCCGACUUUGCUAAACUAUGGAUGAUGAAAGGUCAGAUUUUCGAACAAGUUGGUGAAAUUCAAUCGGCGAGGGAAGCUUAUACUGCGGGUUUGGGAAAAUGUCCACGUGCCAUUCCAUUAUGGAUUCUAUUGAGCAAGCUUGAACAAAAGAAGGGAACGUUAACAAAGGCAAGAGCAGUGCUUGAGAAAGCUCGACUUAAGAACCCAAACUGCCCAGAACUCUGGUUAGCAUCUAUAAGGUUAGAAUGGAAGUCGGACAUAAAGAACAUCGCAAGUAGUUUGAUGGCACGCGCGUUGCAAGAAUGUCCAUCGUCGGGACUUCUAUGGUCCGAAGCAAUAUUCAUUGAGGCGCGACCACAGCGUAAAACGAAGAGCGUUGAUGCGUUAAAGAAAUGCGAACACGACUCGCAUGUUUUGCUCGCUGUUGCAAGAUUAUUCUGGAGCGAGCGCAAACUGACAAAAGCCCGCGAAUGGUUUUUAAGGACGGUUAAAAUUGACCAAGACUUUGGAGACGCUUGGGCUUUCUUCUAUCGGUUUGAACUCGCACAUGGGAAUGAAGAAAAACAGAACGAAGUUUUAAAGAGAUGCGUCAACGCUGAACCAAGACACGGACAACUCUGGCAAUCUGUUUCUAAAGAUAUCGCAAACUGGAAACUUAAAACAAUGGAAUUACUUCCGAUCGUAAGCGCUAAGGUCCCGGUGGUUUUCUGAUGUUUAUAUAGUGAUUCUAUGAGGACAAAUAUGUUUCUAUGUGCCAUGGAACGUAACAGGCGACAAAAAAUUGUAUGGGGUAUGUGAAGUAAAAAAUUGCGAAGAUGUGGACUAUAUUGUUAAACUAUUGGUUCUAAUUGGUAAAUAUGAUAUGAAAUGGAUAAUUGCUUUAACCCAAAUCAAAAUACUAGAGUUGUUUUUAGUAUUUACUCACAAAAUCAAGUUUUGGAAAUAAAUCAAAGGAAACAAUCAUGCACA